AUGAUUACACCGGAAGCGCCAAGUCAUUUCAUCCUGCUGGUCAAGUCCCUGCGUGAGUGUGAUCGUACAACGCUCAUUGACAUCUACGGUAAUUACAAAGAUAACAUAGUCAAAAAAGAAUGGUUACUGAAUGCCAUGGCCAUGACUGGUACCGUACAUUCUGUCAAACUGAUCAAAACACUGGUUGAAGACAAACUCAUAUCGACGACAGACCUUACCACGUUGCUAAUCAACAUGUUUGCUACCAAGAGACCAACUGAAACCAUCUUAGACGAUAUCAUGACGAUCUGCAAGUCUGAUAUGAUGACGCUUCCAAAUCUUAAUCUUGCGGAGGUUUCUAUGGAAACCAUAAAGAGUGUGAUUGAACUCCGUCGCAGUUGCUUCCUGACUUUUAGCAUCCUUUUUGAGAAAUUGUACAAAGAUACUGAGUUCUUCCCAAGCAAGUACGAAAUAUUUCUUAGGAACUGCGAGUCUACUUACCAGGAACCAAUCACUACAAUCAACAAGGGUAUCAAGUAUAUGGAUUUCAAUAUGUACAAGGAAGAUCCUUCAACAGUCAAGAAGAAGAUCAUUGCCGAGGAGACGAAGUUGAUGUGUUUAAAAUCCAUGGGUAACGCCGGUCUUAAGAGUCACGUGGAUAACAUCGUCACUAAACUCAAGAAUGAGAUGAAAGAUAAUUCGUUGGAAGUCCGUGUUAACGCGAUCUAUGCGCUUCAACGAAUUGCUCCAAAACUACCAAAGAAGAUUAUGUCUGUGCUGAUGCCAUUUUACCGCAAUCCCGAUGAAGAUCCAGAGAUACGCAUUGUUUCAUACUUGGCCAUCCUCGAAACUAAACCGACACCAUCCAUCUAUACACUGCUAGCUGAGCAUCUGAAUAAGGAAACAAGCAGACAAGUCGGUACCUUUGUCUAUUCCCAUCUCAUGCACCUUGCCAAUACCACGCACCCUUGCAUGAAAUAUGAAUCGCAAGCUGCUCACAUGGCUCUACGAUUUGCUCGUCCAUUUGUUGCUCCAUUUGUCAGUAGUCUGCACUACUCUCAUGGAUUACACAAGUCUUUCUAUAAUGACAACUUGAAGAUGGGCGGCUAUGCUGAUAUCCAUAAUAUUUUUACCCAGAGUUCAAUUGUACCACGUUUCAUCAAGACCAAAAUUAAUGUUAAUAUUUUCGGUCAAAAUAUUGAUCUAAUUGAGACUGGUAUCCGCACUGAGGGCUUACAAUACUUUGUGGAGAAAAUCUUCGGACCAAAAGGAUUCUGGGAGAAACGUCAAUCUCUCUUUGACUUUUUAAAAAGGAGAAAUGAACGUUCCAUUGAAAAGAGUGCUAUUCGCGAUGAAAUAGACAUACUGAAAGAGAAGGUUAAAAGUCGCUAUCGCAUGCCAGAAGAACCUAAGGGCAGUAUGUAUGUUAAAAUGUUUGGUGAUGAAAUUUUUUACAAGGCAUUCAACAAAGAUGAUAUCAAGAAUUUGCUGGUCGAUGGCAAGAUUAUCCCAAACGAUCGCAACAUUGAGGAAACUCUGCGCCGUGGUGAUAGCAUCAACUACAAGAAAGCUACCUUGUUGUUGGACACCGAAUACCAAGAACCCACAAUUCUCGGUAUACCGGUCUCUCUUAACAUCACAUCCGGUCUUAUUAUGAAACUAAAAGCAAUUGGUCGAGCUGAGGUCAAACCAGAACUUUUCACUCCAAAACCAACUGGAGUCAAUGCACAUGGUAUUACUACUCCGAACAUUAUGAUCACGAUGCUCGGUAAGAUGGGUGUUGAUUGUACUUUGAUGAAGACAGGCAUUGCCCUAAAUGCUACAACUCAUGUGUACGUUCCAAUAGAAGCGCGAGCUGAACUCAAUAUGGAGGACAACACGUACAAGGUCAAUGUUGUCACUCAAGAAGAAUACAAACGUGACCUCAUAACUUUUGAACACAAUUUGUAUACUUACACGACUAAAAUGGACAAGUCACUGGACCAAUAUACCAAGAUAAAUGGCGUUAUAGUUAACACUAUUAAACAGAACACAACGUGCUUGACCCUAUUGAAGAAUGCCUUUGCAAUCUGCAGUGAAUACAAAUACGUACCACGCAAGCACGUCCAUGACCCGAUGUAUUUGCUAACGGGUCCAUCACAUUUCCAGAUAUAUAGUGUGAAGGGUUAUGAUAUGCCAAAGGAAUUGCAAUUUGAGUUGAAGAUUAAAGAUACGCAAAGCCUUGAACCCGUUGUACGCGUGCUGAAAUCGAACACUAAGUAUGAGCUGAAGUUUACAACGUUAGGGGCGCCAAAGGAGGAAACGUUCACAUACAGAAUGAGAAUGGACAUCAGUCCAGAAGAACGCAAACUUGAAUUGAUCCAUAUUCGUAGCAACGUUCCCGAAUUUAAAAGCAAAAUGAAACUGCAGAUGACUAAGUUAAUGAAGGAGGUUAUCUUUGAUUGGGAGUUUGGUGAAUCCAAACCUGUCAGACAUCCUAUCACCACCACAGACACCUUUGACAGCGAGCGUGAAUACCGUCUCUUAAUGAUUACUACUUUACCGAAAACUGACUUGUCUGAGAUGCACAUCAAAACUGUCUACACUGAAUUACCCACCACAAUGAAAACGAUCUGCUCAAAGAUUGAAACCUUACUACCCAAGUAUCUAUACAAGAUGUUUUACAACGUUGAGGUACAUCCAACUAAACAUGAUAUGUCGCACACAGUUGAACUAUUCACCAAGCUGGUGACACCAGACAACAUCAUUGAGAUGUUGUUGAAGACUCCGCUGCAGGAAAUUCGUGUUAGGAACAUCACUCUUCCAGUCCCCAUCAAAAACUUGGUGCACAAGAAGAUUCCUGGCAGUGUGGAAGGAAUUAAAGAUGCUAUCCUGAGGAAAAUGAUCCUUCCAACUUGCAUUGUUGAGAAUAAUGUGUUCAAGACAUUCGACAAUGUGACCUACAUGUAUGAGAUGCCAGGUAGUUGCCUGCACGUGCUUGCCAAGGACUGCUCUCCUUCCGAACGUUUCGUCGUUCUUCUUCAAAACAAAAACGUUGUUGAUCAGGUGAACGUUGAAAGGAAUACAAUUCGACGCAACAAGAUCAUUGCCUAUGUGGAUGACAAUAAGAUAGAGAUGUACACAACUGCAGAACACAAAGUCAUUGCCAGGGUUAAUAACGAGAUUUUGAACUUCACUCCGGAUAACAAGAUGACUGUUGUUAUGCCAUCUUUUGGUAAAUUCAUGCACAAUGGGACAGAAAUCAACAUGACAGCUGAGAUCGGUCUUCACAUUUACUACAGUGAGCACUACGUGCAUACCCAGGUCACCGCGUGGUAUUUCAAUAAGACUUGUGGUCUAUGUGGCGAUUACAAUGGUGAAACGUAUAAAGAAUUGAUCACACCUACAGAGCAAUCUGUCAAAUCUACAGACAAGUUUGGCCUCAGCUGGUUAGUUGAAGGCGAUGAUUGUAACGAUGAAGAUUGCAAACUGAUGAAGCAGAAAAUAUACCCAUUAGAUGAAUAUGUAUAUAUCAAUGAGAACGAGAUGUCAUGCUUCAGCGUGGAGCCAGUAUUGACAUGCCAGCCGGGAUGUAGACCCACACAAUUGACAGAUUUGAACACCUAUAUGACUACCACACACAUGGCUACCAAGACAAAGGUGGGCUUCUACUGUGUGAAAUUCAAGGAAAGUGAAAUGAUUCGAGAUAGGAUUGGAAAAAGAAACUUUGACCUGACUGCCAAGAAAAUUGACAUCACCAAAGAGAUCAGCGUCCCACAUGAGUGUAUCUGUGAAGCACAGUGUAAACAUUAUCCAUUUCUCCAAUAUUAA